AUGGAGCAAACCAGUGGACAACAGAUGCAGGUGCGACUCGGUGCGAACAAAGCCAUGAUGCCUCCUGCGGAAGAUCCACCGGCCAGGGCGAGCUGGGUCGACAGGCAGCUGCUGCGAGAGCUGCCCAACGAAUGGCGUGUUGCCUACCUGUUCUUUGCACUGGCGCUGAUGCUCGUGCUAGGUACAGGUCUGAUGAUCAAUCCAGCGACCAUUUCCACCUUUGUGGACUCUGUGGGCGUUGAUCAGCAGCCCGUUGCGCAGACAUAUUUGCCGCUGGUACUUUUCCCCAUUCUCUUCCUCUACAACUUCCUCUGGGCAGCACUCCGAAGCCCGCAGCUUCUGGUCACUGUUGUCUGCACGGUCUAUGCCCUCGUCUAUGCUCUUAUUGCAGUACGAUCCUUGAUGCGGCCACAUAUCGAGCCGUGGCUUGCUUGGAUAUUGUUUUAUGCCACGAACACGAAGUCGGUCUUGUUCCCGGUGAUGCUUUGGAGCGUCAUGAACGACCUCUCCUCCACGCAGUAUUCGAAGGUAGCAUAUCCUGCGUUGGUCUUCGCCGGACAAGUCGGCGGUCUCGCAGGCUCGUUGUACGCCACCUUCGUGCAUCGGGUCGGCGGGACUUCCGGUCUACUAGUGGUCCAGGCAGUCGCGCUGGUGAUCAUUGCAGCGUUGGUUUGGUUUGCUUGCCGGCUUGCAGCAGUGGCACGACCAGACCCAGAGCCUGUGGCUGCCACCCUCGAGACCUCCCUGCAGCCGGUGGCUGGUGCAGGUGCUCUGGAAGAGGCACGGGCACCCCUGACGGGCACUGUGCACAGGAGCUGUUGUGUGGUCGGACUACGUGCGGCGGUCCGUAAAUUGUGGGAAAGCGUGGAGGGCAUUGCACUCAUUCUCUCCCGCCCGUUUGUUGCGGGAAUAUUCUGGAUCGCCUGCGCUCACCUUGUACCGCGCGUUAUUCUGGACUAUCAAGGCACGGCUCUCACGAACGAGCGGUGGCCUCGGAAGGUGGACGGGCACGUGGUGCCAGGGAACAAAGAUCGGCAGACGGCAUUCUUUGCCUGGUGCAACGUUGCCAACACGAUCGGGACAGGCUUGCUCUCUGUUUUCGGCCUUCGCAGCCUCAUCGAGCGCGGUGGCCUCCUCGUCACCCUGCUCGCGCUGCCCAUCGCCAUGGUGAUUUCGGUCCUUCUCGUGUGCUUUUACCACAACUUCUGGACAGUGCAAGCGGUCCUCGUGGUGGUCAAUGUGAUCCAGUACGCUCUGAAUGGGCCCUCCAGGGAGAUGCUUUACGUUCGCACCUCGAAGAGCAUCAAAUACAAGGCGAAGAGUUGGUCCGACAUGUACGGCAACUUCCUGCAAAAAACCAUCGGUGCCUUGAUUAACCUGCACGUCAACCGCGAGGAGGACACCUGUCAGCCGCAUUGCUUCAACCCGAUUUUCACAGGCAGCUUCACUGUCGGCUGGGUGGUUGUCUGGGCCAUCAUCGCAGGUCUCCUCGGGGUGAAGCAUGCCCAGCUAGUUCGCGAUGAUGAGGUCGUGAGCUGA